UAAAAAGCAGGCAGGUUUGUGUGUUCUCUACCACUUGACUGACACAUGAGAAUGGGGAGCUGAUAUGAUUAGGUGGAAGCCUUCCCUCUGGCUCUUAUCGGCUGUGAGAUAAGGGGCUGUGCUUUUCACUUUGGUCACUUUUGAAACUCGACCCCACGGUAGUGGGAUAGAAGGGAGGCAGAAGCACGCAUUUUGAUCCACAGCUCCUUCCACAGGCUGUCCGUGGGUCAUUCCUGCCUGAGAGAGAGACAGAGACAGAGCUCUGGGAGAGUUUAAGCAAGUCAGAGGCAGCAGAGAAAAAAAGUUUAAUAGGGCAUCUGCACAGCAAUUAAAUAAGAGCUCUGAGUGAAAAGGGGCUGCAAGAUUUAAAGAACUCGUAAAGGACUUUAAUACAGUCCUGCAGACAGUGGCAGAUUUAAAGGACUGUAAUACAGUGUUGUAGGUAGUGUCAGCUGAACACGAUGCAAUGGUCUUGCAUUGGUCUGAGUCUGCUGAUUGCUUGUGCCUCAGCAGCCUCCUCAGCGAGCAGUGCCCAGCGUCGUGGGGCGGAUGGCAGUAGGAGACGGGUGCAUCGGGUGCAGCACGGGCAGUGUAGCUACACCUUCGUGCUGCCCGAACUGGAGAACUGCAGGGGGGCGCAGGACCAGUACGGCAGCAGCAACGCCCUGCAGAGGGAUGCACCCUUUGUGGAGAACCCACUGCACAAGCUUCAGCACCUGGAGCACGCCAUGGAGAACAACACGCAGUGGCUGCAGAAGUUGGAGAACUACAUCCAAGAGAAUAUCAAAACGGAGAUGGUGCAGAUCCAGGCGACUGCAGUGCAGAAUCAGACGGCCACCAUGCUGAAGAUUGGUACAAACCUGCUGACACAAACCGCAGAGCAGACACGCAAGCUCACAAACGUGGAGGCACAGGUUAUGAACCAGACCUCCAGGAUUGAAAUUCAGCUGCUGGAGAACUCGCUGUCUACAAACAAACUGGAGAAGCAACUUUUGAUGCAGAUCAAUGAUCUUUCUAGACUCCACGACAAAAACAGCGUUUUGGAAAACAAAGUCUUGGAGAUGGAAUCAAAACACCGGUCAGAACUGGAUGGUAUAAAAACAGAGAAGGAGAAGCUGGGCCAGCUCGUGACUCGCCAGAUGAACACCAUCAACAGCUUGGAGAAACAACUGCACUCCGCCAUCAGCAACAACAGUUUCAUUCAAAAACAACAACUGCAGCUCAUGGACUCGGUGCACGCCCUCGUCAGCCUGGUCUCGCAGGGGAGAGUAUUUCCAAAGAAGGAUGAGAGGACUUUCCGAGACUGUGCAGAGGUCUAUAAAGCUGGCCUCAAUGUCAGUGGGGUCUAUACGGUACAGAUCAGCAAUGCCACUGAGCCAACCAAGGUUUUCUGUGACAUGAACACCAGUGGCGGGGGGUGGACUGUGUUUCAACGCAGAGUCAACGGCAGUGUGGAUUUCCAGCGCACCUGGAGAGAAUAUAAAGGGGGUUUUGGCGAUCCCUCCGGUGAACACUGGCUGGGAAAUGAGGCUGUUUAUCUGCUCACAAGCCAAGCCUCGUACUCAUUAAGGAUAGAACUGAAGGACUGGGAGGGAAACCAUCCCUACUCGCAGUACGAGAGGUUUCAGCUUGGAAGUGAGAAGCAGCACUACAGGCUGUUUCUGAAAGGGUACAGUGGCACCCCCAGCCAGCAGAGCAGCCUCGUCCUCCAGGGCACCAGCUUCAGCACCAGGGACUCCGACAACGACAACUGCCUCUGCAAGUGUGCGCUCAUGUUAACAGGGGGUUGGUGGUUCGAUGCCUGUGGGCUCUCAAACCUGAAUGGCAUGUACUACCCUGCCGGGCACAACACCAGGAAACUAAACGGCAUCAAGUGGCACCACUUCAGGGGCCCGAGCUACUCCCUGCAAGCAACCACCAUGAUGAUCCGGCCCUCGGAUUUCUGACUGCAGUCGUGAAGCUGGCACACACUGGCGUACCAGAGGCUGGCAUUGUCCGGGAACAGAAAUCAGGCAGCCUGUUCCUUCAAUGACUCCAUUGUCUGGGAACAGAAACCAGGCAGCCUGUUCCUUCAAAAAAUAAAUGUAUGUCUUCCGCCACGGCCCAUUAAGCCAGACCAAGCAGAGUCCUGAUUCACAGCUGAAGUCAUCGGUGGACAAUAUGCCUACAGAUCCUGGGGCUCGGGCUGUGUGUGUUUUUUUGUUUAAAGUGCAUUUGUUUUUUUGUGUGUGUGAUGGAACAGAAAGCAGACCUGCUAUACAUUGCUCGCGGUUUGUCAGGGUAGCACCUCGUAAACCUUAGUCAAGCAGGAAAACGUGUUUCAGCUGUCGACAGACUUGCGUUCUUCUGAUCGUUGUGUGAAUACAUGGCCCAGACAUGGCCAUAGACUGUUUGCUUUAACUUGAGCUACUGACAUUAUGGAUUGACAGAGGCUGUAACAGUUGCAUUUGUAAAGUCCCAUUAUGCAAAACUGUAGUACUCCAUUAUAUAUAUAUAUAUAUAUAGUUGUAAUAGAUAUGCAAACACGUUUUUGAAGUAUUCAGGCUUAUUUGUAAUUUGGUCAAAAUGAAAUUCAAUCCACAUUAUUGUUUUGCAGGACACAAAUCCACACACUGAGUUCAGUAUUUGUUUUAACUGAUAUGUAUUAUUAGUUUUUCUUUAUCUUAAUCGGUGCUUAAGAUUUACUACUAAGAUCAUAUUGCAUGAUAAACGUUCAUCUAGCAUGUAGUUAACUGCAAUGUCGUGUUCAUAGUUUCUUUUUUUAAAUGUCUCACUAGGUACAGUGUUUAGCGUAAUGUACAAAAUCUUAGUAACAGUCAUUUUUUUUUUCUCUCACUUAAAAAUAUAAUAAUUCCAAAUGAUGCCUGUGCAAAACUGUCAGUGUCACUGCUGUAUGGUUCUGCAGUGACAAGUCAUUUUAAAAUGUUCUGAAUCGGUGCAGCUGUGACAGUCUAAAGCACUGGAAUGUCUGUUUUUGUGAUUUGGGUUUGGGGUGUUUCAUUGAGACAGGUUUGUAUGGACUGCACUUUAGAACAGGAGCAAAAAGCCAGACUUGUUUGUGUUGUGAAAUCUAAUGAAGAUUGAAUGGAACUAAAUGGAAAUGGCAUUAUGAAAUGAAUGUUUAAUGCAAUGUAAAGUUCACGUGCAGUAUAAGCACAGAUUUCCAUUCACUGUGUUUCAGUUUUGUGUGUGUGACACCAGUUAAAGUCAUUUUAAAAUAUAUAUCUUUUUUUUCUUGCAUUUCUUUGGUUGCAAUGUUGAUUCUGGUUCUCGUUCGCUCUUGGUCUGCUCUGGAGUACCGCUGUGAGUGUUCUUGGGUUAAACACUAACGUGUUGGUUCCAUCAAAGCUUGGAUCUGAGAGCUCUAAGAAUUGUUUGGAACACCGCCAGCCACGUUGUGUUCUUCAAGAUUAACACCAUGACUUCUGAACAAAGCAACGACUGUCUUGCCAUCUGUUUCUUUAAUAAUAUAAACCCAAACGUAAUGUUUUAUUGUAAAACCGUAAGCAACCUUUUUUCAAUGUUAUAAAGUUGCACCUUAUCAAUUACAAUGUCUUUAAAAAAGAAAAAAAAAAAGCAUUAUAAAUAAAUAAAUAAACAUGCUAUGUUUUUUUACUGGGUUUUUAAUUCAUAUUUUUGUUUCUUGUACGGCUGGUACACGUUUGAGAGCGAAAGAAAGAAAGAAAGAAAGAAAGAAAGAAAGAAAGAAAGAAAGAAAGAACGAAAGACUCCCCUGUUACACGUCCCUAGAUAUUUUCUAAUAAAUUAUGAGAA